AGCCGACAGUGGGUGGCGUCUGAAAGCUGCUGGCGGCUGCCGAGUCCUAAGAAGACGCGUUAGCGGCCCACGCGAAGCCUAUUUGGGCCAUGGGCGGCCCUUGGGCCCCUUCCUCCUGCCUCAUGGGCGGCCUUCUGCUGGCUGCUGCGUUGCCCUCCCUGGGAGCAGACGUAUGUCCUUCUUCCUCUUGGAUUUCAUUUGGAAGGAGCUGCUAUGCCUUACUUCAAGCAACGCUGGAGGGCAUCGAUGAUGCCAGAGAGUUCUGCAAAGCCUCUGGAGCCGAUAUUAUUAGCAUAAAUAAUAAAGAGGAAAAUACUUUUAUCUUGAAAACCUUCCAGACUCAGUGGCAUGGUCCUGAUUAUAUUUCAUUGGGCAUGUUUUUUGAUACCGAUGAUGAUGUUUUCAAAUGGUAUGAUGACUCUAAAGUGAAUUUUACAAACUGGAUGGAGGAAGAAAGUAGCAGUGAACUCCUGGACACUUGUGCCACGAUGAACACUACAUCAGGUGGAUGGAAAAAAACAAGCUGUGAACAUCUCCCACUAACUAAGAUCCUCUGUGAAGCCACCUCUGGAUAUGACAAGAAAUAUUUACCAGAUAAAACCUGGACAACAAUCUUAGUAAUAACUUCAACAGUUAUUGUAGCAGUAUCUGCAGCGUCUCUUUGGUUCCUGUACCAAAGGAAGGUUUCUUCUGCUACAUUUAUGACAAACAAUUUCUCCAGGCAAGUACCAUGUAAUGAUGAAAUGAUUCUCAUAGACGAGGAAAAUGAAUAUACGGCCUAAACUGCAUUAAUUUAUAAAGACAGAACAAUAUAAAGGAACAACAGGAUGAUCCUGAGAGCAGUUCUACAAGAAAGUGUAAAAGAGUGACCCGUAUUAGUCUAAGCAUCUUCUGUAUGCAAUACUGCGCGCUUGUUUUCAUGAAAUGAGUUGUACUUUCUCACAGGAAGCCAUUCCCUGCAUAUAAAAGGGCCGCUGCAGGAAAUUAUCCAAGCGGGCAGCCGUAUCGGUCUGAAGCAGUUGAACAAAGCAGGAGUCAAGUUGCACCUUUAAGACCAACCAAUUUUUAUUUACAACGUACGCUUUCGUGUGCUCUUAAGCACACUUCAUCAGGCCAGGAAUCCAGCAGAAAUGGUUUGUGAUUAUACUGGGUGAGGGGACAGAACCUGAUGCACCCGUCCUAUUGCAAUACACACACACACACACACACACAAACAGGAACAUGCAGGGUUCACCGAGGAAGAGCAAUCUAAUCCUUCCCCUUGCUAGCUCACCCUCAGCUCCCUCAGGACUAACACCUGCCCUCAGCAUACAGUCCUGUACCUCACUUCACAGGGAGGGAGGCUCUUGCUCACUUGCCUGUUACGCUGCCUCCCUGUUCACCAUUUCCCCCAUCUAUCCCCCUCCCCACCAUUCUUUCUACUCUGCCCACCUCACUGUCCUUCACUCACCAGGACCUUUCUGCCAUUCUGCUUCCCUUUUCUUCUCACUGCUGCUGCUGCUGUGCUGCUUGCCCUGCUCCCGUUCACACUUCUGUCCAUCCGUUCCCAGCGCUGCCACGGCCCAUCACUUCCCACUGACAUCACUUGCUCUGAAGAGCUUGAAAUCAGCAGGGUCUUGUCUGUUGUUCAUGGUAGCUCCAAUCCACUAAAGUACAGAAGUCCUUUUGGAUUUGCCCCGAUUACAAAAGCGGGGGGAGACCUCUUCCACAUACAAAGGUGCGUGAACAGCAAUUCUUCAUUACAAGUUACAAUACUGAUCUUAUUUAAAGCAAGUUACACACGUGAAAGGGCAGGUGUUCCAAUUCAAAACUGCAACUGGUUUUACAGUAACAAAUGGUCUGGGGAAAGGACAAGCAGACAGAGAUUAUUUGUUCUUGAAUUGUCUUUUAAUGUUUGAUUAGAACCAUCUAAUGAGUCAGUGGGCUUGUCCCUUCCACAUCAGUUCACAUCACCUGUCACAAGUGGUGCAUGGACAAAGAUGCCGAAGCAGCCGCCGUCGUACAGGCAUCUGGUCCUCUUACGAUGCUGUUAUCAGUCUCUGAAACAGUGUGGCAUUCAGAUAUUAAAACCUGUGAGCUACACUUCAUUCCUGAAGUCCUGUGUACUCUGCAAAUGUGUAUCUAAUGAACUUUGUAACUGAAUGUCAGUUAUGUCUGUAUUCAGAUAGGAGAAAGCCAUCAUUGUUGACUCUGUAAAUUCCAUGUGUAUUUUUAUAAGCAUUUUAAUACUUUUAAUAGUUAAAUAAAGCUUUGUCUUCUAU